UAUCAACACUACGCCGAAACAUGGGUUGACGUGCGUUUACGAUCGUCAAGUCGAAUUGUGAAUAGCACACCAAAAAACGAAAUCGUGAAAUUAAUUGGCCGCUGAACUAAAACAAUAACCACGGUAUUAAUCAGAUUUUAUGGUGAUUUAUGGAGAUAUGAAAUAAGCUGUGCCCAUUGACAUCGAUAGGUUAUGUAAACUAUGAUAAAAAUGUAAGGACUAUGGCUGAUUACAGCCCCAUAGACCAAGACUAUGACCUGAGCGACUACGACCAGUACGGGAAAACCCCCCCACGGACGAAAAUCUUGCGAAAGAACCGCGAACGAAGACAAAGAAACAAAACCACCGGCAGCAGCAUGUCAUCCCCUAAGGUAGUCAAGGCCAAGCAGCCCAUCAGCAGGCGCAACACCAUCAGCAGCAUGUUCGAGGAGCUAGUAGCCAAGGCCGAAAACGACUCUGAUCAGGGCUCGAAGAGAACGAGCAAGCGCCAGAUGAAAAUGCUACGGGGGUCGGAGCGCGAUUUGAAGUUGGAUAUCGCGAGCGCUCAGGCGGCCUCGGAGAGGACGCAGGACUACAAGCCCCCGAAAACCCCCCAACCGAGCUAUCAGAUCGAGAGCUGCAAAAGGUUCAUGAGUUUGUCGUGCCGGACGGUGCCGUGCCCCAAACAAGUGAAAACGAAGAAGGAAAAUGAGGUGAAUAGCAGGGAGGUGACGACGGAGGAAUGUGCGGAGAGUCGGGUGGACUUUUAUAAUACUUUCUCGAUGUUGAUUCGAAUGGGGUGCGGGGAUAAGACGCAGGAGAGGAGCCAUCGAAGAGUGCUCAGCAGGGAAGAGCACUUAUGGCAGAACGAAAUCAAAGAUCUAAUCUGGCUUGAGCUGCAAGCCUUCCACGCCGACCGCACCCCCGUCGAAGAAGACUCAUACCUGUGUACAGAACGUGAGAAAGUGGAACCCCUCCUCAAAGACAUUAUGACUUAUCGCUUCAAACGCCAUUCUAGGUGUUACUCCACCCAAAACAGUGACAGUGGCGUUGAGGACGAUUGUUCCGGUUGUUUGUCAAUUUAUUGCAUGUCGUGUUUAGAAGCCCAAAACGAAGCACUCAGAGAUAUUGAAGACCUGAUGCAAAGACUAUCCGCAGCCGAAGCCCUAUUCCCUUCGGGACACGCUUUUGCCGAACUUUACCCCCUGUAUAGCAGUCCAGAGUUUAUAUGUCGCGUGAAAGCGAUAAGUUUAUGGUACAAUAUGACCCGACAACAGCGACUGAAGCUGAUGAUCAUGGUAAAACUGUUAGAGAACAAAGUUGGUCGGGAAAGAGAAGACGAUCGAAAUAGUACAGACUCGACUAGUCCCUCUGAUAGCAACAACAGUUCGUCGUCUUCGAUGAACGAGUCUUUAUAUGAAGCCAGAACCACCUGGGAAAUCACGUCGUUCAAUUUCGCCCAGUUCCCCUUUUUCAGCGUCCAUAAAUCCGAAUCGUCGUUCUCCCCCUACCGAAAAUACAUCGAAAACAUCCUCAAAACCCGAUCCUUGCACAAAAGUUUAGGUUUCUUGGACCACCUACAAAUGUUCGUUUUGCGCAAAGCGCAACUCACUCUGAUCAAACCCGACGACGUCGAAAUCUACGCUAAAGUGUGCUGCGAUAACGAAGAAGAGGAGCUGCAACGUUUCGGCUGUUGCAGCCCGGAAGCCAAAGCCCUGAACCUCCCGUCCUACCGAUCAAUUUUUCUCUUUUUGGCCGCUAUUCCCCUGAAGAUGAUCCACGAGUUUUUGAAGAUGCGCUUGGAACAAAAACCCGAGAAACCGUCGCCGCUUAGCGUGCGGCAACUGAUGCGGGAGCUCAAAGAGGGGCUUAAGGUGGCCACUCAGCAGAAGGACAAGAUUCUCAAGUAUAUAGACGGCGCGUUGUCGGAUACCAAAGAAAACAACGAGGUUUACGCGGAUAAAAUCAGGGACUUUGAUGAGUGUAUGUUGAGGGUGUUUAGUGAUUAUUUGGAUUAUUUGGAGCAGUGGGCGCUGCUGCAUCAUGAGACUUUCCAGAAGAAUUUGUUGGAGGAGGAGUGGCAUUUUUCGUGUCAUGUGAUCAAGCAUGUACCGGGAGGGUCGGAGCUUCUGGGGAGGAAGUUCUGUUAUAUUUUGUGCACGAUUUUGAAAACUGUGGCCGAGAGGUUACGGGAUAGAAUCGAAGAUGUGUUGGGGAAUGUACCCGGAGAGGAUAAAAGCGUGAUGAAACAAACCGUGUUCGUGAUUUGCCGCGAGAUGCAAUCUAUAUUCAACGAAGAAAGGGAGAUGUGCAUCAAAACCAUCGCUUUUUGUAAGACGGUUUUCAAGCACGACCUUCCCAAGGAAUCGAGGAUAGAACUGACGAUGGCCAUUAUCUCCCUAAAAUGCUCCAUCCCCGACGCCAUCGGGCGCGUCCAGAGCGAAUUCGAUCAAAUCAACAUGGACCUAUUCGAAGAAAUCGAACGGACGUCCCUAGUCUCCCGCACCCGAGAAAUCUUAAUGCAAGGCUAUCGCUUCGGAUUCGAAUUCUACAAAGAGAUGUCCGAGAGCAUGCCGAGCGAGAAGCGCCAGAAGCUCGCCCGCAGCAUGGUACAGUUCGCAAAUUUAUGGAUGAAAUUCGUGACGGACCGAUGCGAAAGAGGCCGCGGAAUGAGGCCCCGCUGGGCGUACCAGGGUUUGGAGUUUCUCCUCACGGUCUGCGAACCGCGAAACACGCAAUAUCUGACCGAGGAAGAGUUCGAGGAUCUGAAGCGGAACAUGGACGUCUGCAUUAGUCACGUGAUAGGAACGACGGCGCCGUCGACGCCGGAGUCCGGGUUCUACUCGGCGUCGCCGAGGAGCUCGCUGGAGCACAUACGGAUCAGGUCGAGGGGGUCGUCGCCGAGCCCGAGGCCGACGUACAAGAGUCAGAGGUCGAACGGGAGAAAGACGAGUAUGGAGCAAGGGUCGCCGGUGGGGGAUAGCUUGGAUGCUAUCAGUUUCAGUCACAGGAGUUCUCGCAAAGACGACACCCGCAAACACAGCCGCCUGGAGGCCAUCGAGCACCUCGACACCUACCUCGACGAGAAGCUCAGCAAGCACCAGCUCAUCGGCAAAGUCGUGACCUGCAGCAACGGCUUCGCCAAGGUCCACAUCAAGCGGCGUCUGCGCGAGGUCACCUUCACGUGGCAGAGGGGCAUCAAGAUCGGGCAAGGCCGCUUCGGCAAGGUUUACACCGCCGUUAAUAAUAAAACCGGCGAGAUGAUGGCAGUCAAAGAGGUGGCGCUCCAGCACAACGAUAAUCAUACCAUAAAAAGGGUGGGCGAGGAGAUGAAAAUUUUAGAAGGCAUUGUUCAUCGUAAUUUAGUCAGAUAUUACGGCGUCGAAGUUCAUAAGGACGAAAUGCUGAUAUUCAUGGAGUUCUGUGCGGAGGGGACGCUGGAAAAUCUGGUGGCGGCGAGCGAGAACGGGCUGCCGGAGCUGCUGGUGCGGCGGUACACGUGUCAGCUGGUCUCGGGGGUGGCGGUGUUGCACGACCACGGGAUCGUCCACAGGGAUAUCAAGACAGCUAAUAUUUUCUUGACUGAUAACGGGAAUUGUCUGAAAAUCGGGGAUUUCGGGUGCGCAGCUAAAAUCAAGUCGAAUAGCACGAUGCCAGGGGAGCUGCAAGGAUUCGUCGGGACGCAAGCUUAUAUGGCACCAGAAGUGUUCACUAAGAACAUGAACGAAGGUCAUGGAAGAGCAGCCGACAUCUGGUCAGUAGGGUGCGUGGUGGUCGAAAUGGCGUCCGGAAAGCGACCGUGGUACCAGUUUGACUCCAAUUACCAAAUUAUGUUCAAAGUCGGAAUGGGUCAGAGCCCGGACCCACCCGACCACAUGACUGACGAAGGAUUGGAUUUCCUGGAGUUGUGUUUCCAACAUAACCCCAAAGAGAGAGCUAGCGCUCACGAAUUGCUCGAUCAUACCUUUGUCAAGGUCGGGGAUGAUUUUAUGUAAUAUAGUAUUUCACGUACCUUAUGAAUCAAGUAUUAUGUUUUUAAUUAAGUGUAUUGUUAUACGAUUCAGUUUAAUCUCAUCAUUUUUUUAUACAUAUCAUUUUGUAAUUUAAGUCUGAUUAUAUUUUUUACAUUAUUUUAUUGCUUGUGCAGUUAAUAGACAGCUGUAAUAUUUUUUAAUUAUUUUAAAACAUGAGUCAUUGAAACAUAGAAUGUGAUAUUUGUAAGUCGCACCAUUGCGGUGAUGGUCUACCAUGUGUAUGAAUAAUUGUUAUAAUUAUCUCAGAAAAUAUUUUGAAUAAACGAAAUUCAUUUUUGA